AUGGUAAGGAAUCGACCGUAUUUUUUUUCUACCUGGGCCGACUGGAUUCUUUCGAUAGACAAAAUACAGCCUGGGUAUCUCAAUAUUCGCCGUUCGUCUUACAGCACGGUCAUUUUCCGAUUUUUAAAACGCGCACUGCUAGGGAUUCUGGUAUUUUUAGGAAUACUUAACGUGGUAUCUUUUGGUCGGCAUGUGAUUGUCGAGUUGUUUCCAGAUGACCUUGACAACCGUCUUGGCGCAUGGGACUUUUCUGAUAACCGUCUAUCCAUCUUCUCGCACUGGACUACGGAUGGAGUCACCCUCAGUAAUUGUCAUUCCCACAAUGAUUAUUGGCGGAAAAUACCUCUAUACUCUGCUAUUAGGGCUGGUUGUAUCAGUGUUGGGGUGGACAUCUGGCUUUCUGACGGAGACAUCGUUGUUGGCCAUAAUCCGCCCUCCCUUGAUCACAGAGUCACUUUAAACACUCUCUAUCUAAGACCAUUAUUGGAGAUGAUCCGACGACACAACGAUUAUGUGAAAGAACUACAACGCUCAUAUGAAAAUAAUGUUUCAUUAGCCGGAGUCUUUGCCAGUGACCCUUCCCAAUCCCUAACCUUGCUUCUCGAUAUCAAGUCGGAUGGUUAUGAACUGUGGCCCCACGUCAUGAACCAGUUACAACCCCUUCGUGAAGCGGGAUAUCUUACGUACUUUGAUGGGAUAAAUUUGAACCAGAGACCAAUUACAAUAGUCGCCUCCGGCAACGCACCCAUUGACCAGAUUAUGGCCAACCAUACCGAACGGGACGUAUUUUACGACGUGCCUCUGGAUAAAUUACCCCUUGUGUCGUCAAAUAAAAGGCAGCCAUCAGCCGAUUACAAUAUUUCAAAUAGCCACUAUGCCUCGGUGGACUUCAGAAAGGCAGUUGGUGAAAUCCGGCACAAUCGGUUUUCAGCAACUCAACUAGCGUUGAUACGCGAACAAAUUGGGAUAGCUCAUGAUUAUGGUCUCAAGGUACGAUAUUGGGGAACACCGACCUGGCCGAGAGGAUUACGAAAUCACGUUUGGCAUAUUCUAGUCCGCGAAGGAGUAGACCUGAUCAAUGCAGAAGAUUUGAGGGAAGCGACAAGGCAGGAUUGGCGCAAACACCGGAGUUGGCUACUUUAG